UCCCUUGUCGUAAAUUCCAAAAGAUUAUAACAAAGGACUUGUACAAAUACUUUGAAUGGUCCUUCAUUCGAUGUUGUAUUUAUACAGUAGUGGUCGCGAUGAGAGCCUUGCCGCUUAUAGUCAGUUUUUUUGCACUUUCCAACGGAUUCGUCGAAAAAUACCCGGCAGGUUUGCCUCCGCCGGUUCCGUUGGAUACGAAGCACACGCCGUUGUCAAGAAUCGUCGGUGGGACCGACACAACGAUAACAAAAUGGCCGUUUGUGGUUUCCCUCCAGUAUGAAUGGGACGAUUUCGAAUGGAAAACGCUCCAUUUCUGUGUGGGCACUAUUCUCAACAAAGAUUGGAUUCUCACCUCAGGGAAUUGUUACGAUACCUUGGUGUACGCCAAUUGUACCGUCAGAGCAGGAAGCGACCAUUUUCACAUGAAUGGAACGGUUCACCGCAUCGACACCGUCGUUCGACAUCCGCAGUACGGCGAGUUCAAUUCAGAUUACGACGUGGCUCUGAUAAAGUUGAAUACGAGUCUCGAAUUUUCGGACUCGAUCCAGCCGGUCACAUUGCCAGAGGUCAACGUAACGUAUCCCGUCGGCACUUUCUUUUCGAUGCCGAGCUGGGGCGCGCCGAGGUUAUUCGACGAUAUCACGUUACGCCUCCAAGAGAUCGAUGUGCCCACGAUAUCAUUCGAUCUUUGCAAGACGGUUUAUGGAGAAGCUGUUACGGAGCGAAUGUUCUGCUCUUACUACAGACCCGGCGACGAUGCGUUCGGUAUGUGCGUCGGAGAUACGGGAGCACCAGCCGUCGUGGACGGGGUAGUUAUUGGUAUCGCUUCUUGGCACUACGCGUGUUCAAGCCCAGGUUAUCCGAACGUCUACGCAAACCUGCCGCUGAUGGUUGAUUGGAUCACCGAAAUAAUCGGGAGCUCUUCUGCCGCUACAGCAACCCCGAUAUUCGGUUUGACGGUGUCAUUCGUCAUCCUGGGGUAUUUUCUGGGCAGGCUUGAUUAAAAUUUUCCCUCAUUCUUUGAGGUGAUCACCUCGAGCCGCAUCGUAACCGCAGGGCGUAAAGAACAAAUGAUCAAUUCAUGGAUGUACGCAAUAAAUGAUGACGCUGUAUUUAUGGGGA